CCCCCCCUCCCCGCCCACCCCCGGCCCAGAGCGCGGAGCAGGAACGGGACCGGCCGCCGCCAUGUGCGACUUCUCGGAGGAACAGACCGCGGAGUUCAAGGAGGCGUUCCAGCUCUUCGACCGCACCGGGGACGGGAAGAUCCUGUACAGCCAGUGCGGGGACGUGAUGCGGGCGCUGGGGCAGAACCCCACCAACGCCGAGGUCAUGAAGGUGCUGGGCAACCCCAAGAGCGAUGAGAUGAACCUGAAGACGCUGAACUUCGAGCAGUUCCUGCCCAUGAUGCAGACCAUCGCCAAGAACAAGGACCAGGGCUGCUUCGAGGACUACGUGGAGGGGCUGCGGGUCUUCGACAAGGAGGGCAACGGCACCGUCAUGGGGGCCGAGAUCCGCCACGUCCUCGUCACCCUGGGCGAGAAGAUGACGGAGGAGGAGGUGGAGCAGCUGGUGGCCGGGCACGAGGACAGCAACGGCUGCAUCAACUACGAAGAGCUCGUCCGGAUGGUGCUGAGCGGUUGAAGACCCCUCCUGUCAUUGCGUCUCCCCCACCCC